AUGCCAAAUACAUACCUAGUAAUUUUUGUUAAUUUCCCAAAUUGAUAAAAAUUAAAGUAACAACUACAAUUACUAUUAUUAUAUCAAAAUAGCCUUUUUAAACGGAGAUGCUUCAGACUACAGUGAAUUUAUGUUAUUAAAAUCGUAUAAAUAGUUAUUAUUGGAUAAAAUCACACAAGUUUUGAAUUCGGAACUUCGGAAGCUUAAAAUAAAGUAAAGAAUGGCUUCAACUAGUGCCGAUUCGCAAUCCACAAUUGCUCAGAAGACUUGGGUGAUGGCUAAUAAUAUUGAGACUGUCUGUAAUGUGGAUGAAAUUUACAGAUAUGAUAAAAAACAACAACAAGAUAUCCUCGCGGCUAAGCCAUGGGAAAAAGAUCCCCAUUUUUUCAAAGACAUCAAGAUAUCAGCUCUGGCAUUGUUGAAAAUGGUGAUGCAUGCUAGAUCUGGGGGAACCCUAGAAGUAAUGGGACUUCUCCUAGGCAAAGUUGUUGCAAACACUAUGAUAGUGAUGGACUCAUUUGCUUUGCCUGUUGAGGGAACAGAGACACGAGUGAAUGCUCAAGCACAGGCUUAUGAAUACAUGACAGCCUACAUUGAGGCUGCUAAACAGGUUGGAAGACAAGAAAAUGCAAUUGGUUGGUACCAUAGCCACCCAGGGUAUGGAUGUUGGUUAUCCGGUAUUGAUGUAUCAACUCAAAUGUUGAAUCAAAAUUUUCAAGAGCCAUUUGUUGCUAUUGUUAUUGAUCCAGUUAGAACUAUCUCAGCUGGAAAAGUGUGCCUUGGAGCCUUUAGAACAUACCCUAAGGGCUAUAAACCAGCUAAUGAAGAACCAUCUGAGUAUCAGACUAUCCCACUCAACAAAAUUGAAGAUUUUGGUGUCCAUUGCAAACAAUAUUACUCGCUGGAAGUUUCAUACUUCAAGUCCUCGUUGGAUCGCAGGUUAUUGGAUUCGUUGUGGAACAAGUACUGGGUGAACACAUUGAGCAGCUCAAGUCUAAUCACAAACAGUGACUACACAACGGGACAGAUUUUCGAUUUGUCCGAUAAACUUGAACAGAGUGAAGUCAGUUUAGGUCGUGGUGGUUUCAUAGUGGCAGGCGCAGAUCCACAUGAAAAGAGAACUGAAGAUAAGCUCGGGAAAGCAACAAAAGACGCUUGCAAGACAACGAUUGAGGUGAUACACGGGCUUAUGGCUCAGAUGAUCAAGGACCGGCUGUUCAACAGUGUCAGUGGACGACCCUGUCAAGUCACUCCUAUGAUUGAGAACUAGCUCUACUUAUAACUUGUAUACCUUACAUGCAAUUAAGUUCUUUAUAUGAAUAAAAUUGAUAAAUAUUACAAAA